AUUGGACAAAACCCCUGGUUGCCAUUACCGCCUUUGAACUGUGUUCUCUUCAUUGGAGUGAAAAGCUGCAGUUUUUAGUAUAAAGACUCUUCCCCAUUCAAAACUUUAUCUUCCGAGUAUCAAUCUAUGACGUCUGUGAGCUUCAAGAAGAACUAUCGCUGCGUCCCUUCUCUGCAACAAUUCUAUACUGGAGGACCUUUCGCUGUAUCCUCUGAUGGAUCUUUUAUAGCUUGUGCCUGCGAUGACAAUAUAAAGAUCAUCGAUGCGACGAAUGCUUCGAUUAAGUCAACUAUUGAGGGAGAUUCAGAGGGUAUCACUGCUCUGACUCUCAGCCCUGACGAUAAACUCCUUUUCUCUGCCAGCCAUAGCAGACAAAUUAGGGUUUGGGAUCUCUCGUCCUCCAAAUGCCUGCGUUCUUGGAAGGGACAUGAUGGGCCUGUGAUGGGCAUGACUUGCGAUGCGUCUGGUGGAUUGCUUGCUACAGCUGGAGCAGAUAGGAAAGUUCUUGUAUGGGAUGUUGAUGGAGGUUACUGUACGCAUUACUUCAAAGGUCACAAGGGAGUUGUUACCAGUAUCAUUUUCCACCCCGACCCAAAUCAGCUACUUCUGUUCUCUGGCAGUGAUGAUGCAACGGUUCGGGUGUGGAAUCUUGUUACUAAAAAAUGCGUGGCAGUACUAGAAAAGCAUUUUUCAGCAGUUACUGCCUUGGCAGUAUCUGAAGAUGGACGGGCCUUACUCAGUGCUGGAAGAGACAAGGUUGUAAAUAUAUGGGAUCUCAAUGACUAUGGGUUCAAAAUAACUGUACCAACAUAUGAGGUGCUUGAAGCUGUUUGUGUUAUUCAUGCGAGAACCUGUUGGGAAUCCCUUUUGGGUUCGUACCAACGAUCCAGCAGGAAGAAAAAGAAAAGUGUUUCACCACCAAUUUUCUUUCUUACUGUUGGUGAACGUGGAAUUGUACGCAUAUGGACCUCUGAAGGUGCAGUGUGCCUGUUUGAGCCGCAAUCUUCUGAUGCGACUGUCAGCUCAGAUGAGGAUGAUGUGAAAAGAGGUUUUACUGCAGCUGUGAUGCUGCCUAUGGAUCAAGGAUUACUUUGUGUUACUGCUGAUCAGCAGUUCCUGUUUUACUCCCCAAUGCAAAUCCUUGAAGAGACAUUUCGCUUAAAGCUAAGCAAAAGGCUUGUUGGUUACAAUGAAGAGAUUGUGGAUAUGAAGUUUUUGGGUGAGGAAGAACAGUUUCUUGCUGUAGCUACAAAUCUUGAGCAGGUUCGAGUGUAUGACCUUGAAUCCAUGUCAUGUUCCUAUGUACUGAAAGGGCAUACUGACAUUGUAUUAAGCAUUGGCACAUGUGUUUCAAGUUCUGGAAAGACACUGAUUGCUACUGGGAGUAAAGAUAACAGUGUUAGAUUAUGGGAGCAUGAGAGUAGAUGUUGUGUUGGAAUUGGUACGGGCCAUAUGGGAGCUGUUGGAGCUGUUGCUUUUUCUAAGAAACGGAAGAACUUUUUUGUUAGUGGUAGUAGUGAUCGGACCCUUAAGGUGUGGAGUUUGGAUGGUCUCUCAGAGGAUGCUGAGCAUGCCAUUAGUCUGAAAGCCAAAGCAGUUGUGGCAGCCCAUGAUAAAGAUAUUAAUUCUCUGGCUAUUGCACCGAAUGAUAAUCUUGUUUGUAGUGGUUCCCAGGAUCGAACUGCUUGUGUGUGGAGACUUCCGGAUCUGGUGUCAGUUGUAGUACUUAAGGGGCACAAAAGGGGGAUUUGGUCUGUGGAGUUCUCCCCAGUUGAUCAAUGUGUAAUAACGGCAUCGGGCGAUAAGACAAUAAAGAUAUGGGCUAUAUCGGAUGGUUCCUGCUUAAAAACAUUUGAAGGGCAUACAUCGAGUGUAUUAUGUGCAUCGUUUCUUACUCGCGGGACCCAAUUUGUCUCUUGUGGUGCUGAUGGCUUGGUAAAGCUAUGGACAGUCAAGACAAAUGAAUGCAUUGCUACAUAUGACCAACAUGAGGACAAGGUCUGGGCAUUGGCUGUUGGAAAGAAGACUGAAAUGCUUGCAACUGGUGGUGGUGAUGCCGUUAUCAAUCUAUGGUAUGACUCUACUGCUUCUGACAAGGAGGAAGCUUUCCUUAGAGAAGAGGAAGGAGUUCUAAGAGGUCAAGAACUAGAAAAUGCUGUAGCAGAUGCUGAUUAUACUAAAGCAAUCCAAGUUGCCUUUGAGCUUCGCAGACCCCAUAAACUUUUUGACUUAUUUGCUGAACUUUGCAGGAAGAGGCAUGCUGGAGAUCAGAUAGAAAAGGCUCUUAGUGGCCUUGGGAAAGAACAACUUCAACUGCUUUUUGAAUAUGUUCGAGAAUGGAAUACAAAGCCGAAGCUUUGUCAUGUUGCACAAUUUGUGCUUUUUCGGCUUUUCAACAUCUUUCCUCCUGCAGAUGUUAUGGAGAUAAGAGGUAUUGGUGAACUUCUUGAAGGUCUUAUACCAUAUUCACAGCGGCAUUUCAGUAGAAUAGACCGGCUUAUAAGAAGCACAUAUUUGUUGGAUUAUACUCUUACCGGAAUGUCAGUUAUCGAACCAGAAACUGAUGUCAGAGCAGUGGAAGACAAAUCUAUUAUGCACCUAGAUGAGAAGGAAGCCGAUGAUGAAUUAAGAGAUAAAAACCAAAUUGUCAAGGAGAUGGUGUCCUCUAAGAAACGAAAAUCACACAAAUCCAAAGGAGGUUCGGAGAAGAAAAUCAAGCAAGUGGCAUACAUGGAUGCCUCCGCAAUAUCAUUAGAGGCAUGACAUUUGUCAAUGCUCAAUCCCAUUGGUU